AUGGCUGCCCGUUAUCCGUCGGGCAUCCAAACGAGCAGAGUAAGUCCAGCAUACCUACACGGAAAUUCAACCAGUCACACAUGGGCUUUCAGUGCAGUUGCUGAACUCAUAGACAAUGCCUAUGACCCAGAUGUAAAUGCAUCAGAAAUCUGGAUCGACCAGCGAUUGAUUGACAAUAAGGUUUGUCUCACAUUUGUAGACAAUGGAAAUGGAAUGACACCAGACAAGCUGCACAAAAUGCUUAGCUUCGGCUAUUGUGAAAAAGAUCGGUUUACUUCAAGUAAGCAUCAAGCUGUUGGACAAUAUGGCAAUGGAUUUAAAUCUGGAUCCAUGCGACUGGGUAAAGAUGCUAUAGUGUUUACACGUCAAGUAAACACAAUGAGUGUGGGUCUCCUGUCACAAACAUACCUCAACAACAUAAACGCACAAACUGUACUGGUGCCCAUUGUCACAUGGAACCUGCCUGAUAAGAGAAGAAGACCAACACCAGACAUGGCACACAACCUGCGUGCUAUCUGUCAACAUUCCAUAUUUAGGACAGAGAAAGAUCUAUUAGAGGAAUUGGAGGUUAUGGAAAAGUUGAGGACAGGAACUAAAAUAAUGGUCUACAAUUUGAAAAGGAAAGAAAACAAAGUGUUGGAAUUAGACUUUAGUAGUGACCCAUAUGAUAUCAGAAAUCCUGAAACCCACAUGAUGGACUUCUCCACCAUUAACAGGGCAACCACAGAUCAUAUACCAGCCUAUAUGGUAUCCCUUAGGGAAUAUUGCAGCAUACUAUACUUGAAACCCAGAAUGAAAAUUGUUCUAAGAGGGAAAAAAGUCAAGACAAAACUUAUUCACAAAUCAUUGUCUCAGACAGAAACUGAUGUCUACAAACCAACCUGGGCACCAAAACCAAUACCCAUCAAAUUUGGGUUUGCUCCUCGAAAGAAUUAUAAGGAUUAUGGUGUUAUGCUGUAUCACAAGAAUAGACUUAUAAGAGCGUAUGAAAAGCUUGGAUACCAGAAACAGCCUAAUGAACUUGGACUUGGAGUGGUGGGUGUGGUUGAGGCCUACUUUCUGACCCCAACCCACAACAAACAAGACUUUAACAAAGAUGAAAAAUACAAUGCAUUGAUCAGCAGUGUUUCAUUAAAAUUAAAUGACUACUGGAACGAGAAAAGAGGCACAGGUGUGGUGUUGGGUGCCCAACCAGCACAAGCUGUUGCCAAUGUAAAUCCUGACUGGACCUGGGCUCAGUGUGAUAACUGUCUACAGUGGCGUCGUCUACCUAUUCAGUUCAGGUCAGAGGAUCUCCCUGAUAAGUGGUAUUGUCACAUGAAUCCAGAUGCUCAAUUCAAUCGUUGUGACAUACCUGAGGAACCUGAAGAUGAAGAUGAAGCACUACAUGGACCAACAUAUAAAAAGACAUUUAAAAAAAUUCAAAAUGAGAAGAAAAUGCGUCUGAAGAUGAUGGAGGCGAAUCAACAGCGUGCCAGAGAAAUGGCUUUACAAGCAAGGGAACAGGCUCUAAGGCAGCAAGAAGCCAAUCAGAUUAGAGGAUCACCUCAGAGUCAAAAGGUAUCCAGUUCACAGGAAAAAAAGUCAGAGAGUGUGCAAAUGACUAAAAUGAUGAUGGAAUUACAGAAGUUUAAAAAACAAGCUGAACGUCAACAAAGGAUCAUUGACCAAUUGCAAUCCAAAAGAAGAAAAGUUGAUGAAAACAUUGAGAAAAUUGCUGGUGGUAUAGAUGCAGAUAAGCUGUUGGAGAAUGUGGUUGGUAGCAGUCCGAGAGCUGUUUCAUCUACAAGUUCCAAGGACAGUGAGUCAAUUUGCAUCAAGACUGAGGAUGGGGAUGUAGUGGCAGUCAUUCCAUGUAAUGAACCCAGCUCAUCUAGUGAUAACGACAUAGUUGAUCUUACACUUGAUGAUGAGGACUUGGAACCAUCCACACCGAAAAAGCCAAAAAUCUCCUCUACAAGUCAAGAAGUUAAACCAGACAUCAGCAAAAUUAAGAUAGAGAAAGAUGUCAUUAGUUGUAAACGUGACAUUGCAACACAGACUGUAGAAAGGGCUAAAGGCUGCACAAAGGACUGUGUGAAGAAGAUAGAGGAAGGCAAAAAACAUUUAACAGAACUUCAGAGGAAAGUGUAUAAACUUCUGAAAAUCAUAGUCCCUGAUGAAGAUAUAGGAACAGCUGAUGGAGUAGAGGAAAUAGUGACUGAGAUGAUCAAACACAAUCAACCAUCUUAGUGCUUAUA